AUGUCGAAGAAACGAAAGUGGAAUGACGAAUGUGUUAAGUUUGGCUUCACCUGUGCUACAGAGAAGGGUGGGACACAACGUCCACAGUGUAUCCUGUGCACCACACUCUUCUCUAAUGCGAAUCUGAAACCAUCAAAGUUUGACGAACAUUUCAAAAACAAACAUGGUGGUAGGGAUGCAGGAAAUGGUGUUGUGACAUUAAGGGCCAAAAAAGCUAGGUUUGAUCAGGUUGGCACAUUGCCGACAUACGGAUUUUCACCAACAGAGAAACCUUUACUGCGUGCUUCAUAUGAAGCUGCAUACCAGAUUGCUAAAUCAAAGAAACCCCAUACAGUUGGUGAGGAAUUGAUCAAACCAUGUGCCCUUGAAACGGCAAAGAUUGUUCUCGGCAAGGAAGCUGAGAAGAAACUCCAAGUGUUUGUGUCAAAUGAUGUGAUCCAUAACCGAAUCAUCGACAUGAGUGGUGACAUCCUGGAACAAGUUGUAGCUGACAUCAAGGAUAGUCCAGUCAAGAUUAGCCUACAAGUUGAUGAAUCAACAGAUGUAUCCAACUGUUGUCAGCUAUUGGUAGUAGUUCGCUACGUGAAAGAAAAAAAGGUGGAAGAAAGUUUUCUCUUCUGUCAGUCCCUGAAGACAAUUGCACAGGCUAAAGAUGUGUUUAAUAAUAUACAAGGAUUCUUCUCAAAAAACGAACUUCAUCUUGACAGAAUUGGUUCACUAUGUUUCGAAGGUGCACCAGCCAUGCUAGGCAAUCGUUCUGGUCACUUUGUAAGGAAACGGGCCAGACACACUGUGCUUUUGUACCACACUGAAGUGAGGUGGCUGUCACGUGGUCGUGUGCUAUCUCCUGUGUUUGAACUGAGAGGAGAAAUUCACCAGUUUCUCCGUGAACGGGUGCAAGAUCUGGCCAUAUAUUUCAAUGAACCUAGUUUUGUUCAAAUGCUUGCCUACUUGGCUGAUGUGUUUUCAGCACUCAAUGAACUCAAUCUCUCUCUGCAGGGAAGGGGACUUAACAUUGUGACUGCAAGCGAGAAAUUGGCUGCAUUCAAGGAAAAACUUGUCUUGUGGAUAAAGCGUGUGAAGAUGGGGAAUUUGGUAAAUUUCCCCUGCCUGGAAGAGACAGUCAUGGAAAAUUCUAACCUGCCUCCAGACUUUUUUGCAAAAAUUGUUGAAUAUAUGCAGAUGUUGUGUACUUCCUUUGAUGGCUACUUUUCGUGUGGAGAGUUCCAAGCCUGUAAUAACUGGAUCUUGAACCCUUUCAUGCAGAAUUUGGAAGAUGAUGAUGCCGGCAACAUCAAGGAAGAUCUCAUCGACAUGAGACACAAUCGUGGAGUCCAAAUGGAGUUCACCAAUAGUCAGCUGGACUACUUCUGGGCUUCUCAGCUGGAAGCAUACCCUGCACUAGCAACGAAAGCUCUCGAAAUGCUGGAUUCAGCAAUUCUUUAA